UAUGUAUCUUCCAGUCUCUUACAUUCACCCGCUGAUGACAACGUUGGCCACUGCCGGACUCAAGUACCUCAACCCACUGGGUGUAGUCUCUCGCCACAACAGUCAACCCCCAGACGCCAUCGAUACCGCCCAGCAACGCACCAACAACUGUGCUGCCGGACGCCCUCGUGCAAACACCACACUCUGACGCCUGGCGGUCCUCGCUGCGGGGCCGCGCGAGACGCGCUGAACCACAUGCUGAUGGGCACCCGAGGUCCACCGCCAGGUCAUGGGGCGCAUGAAACACUUGUAUAGGGCAGAAGAUGGGAG